AUGGAAAUCAGUGAUAACGAUAGUGUUUUAUCUUCUGAUAACGAGAACGACGUUAAGUUAAAGGGAUUUGAUAAAAACCUUAAAAAAGAUGAAGAUUCUGAUGCAGAUGAUUAAAAGAAGGUAUUGGCUUCAUCUAAGGCUAAGGAAAAAAAGAUAAAGGAAUCAGAAGAAGGUGAAAAGAAACCCAAAAAAAUUCAUUUAAGAAAAGAUAAAGGGUAUGCAGACUACCUUAUAGCUGAAGAAGAUACUUCCGACCUCCCUCCAGUUACUGUUAUUGUUUAAGGUCCAAAGCAGAGUGGUAAAACUACUUUGAUAAAGAGUUUAGUAAAAACAUACACUAAGCAUAGCAUUUAGAAUGUUAAAGGUCCUAUUACUGUUAGAGCAAAUAAAAAGAGAAGAAUUACUAUUAUUGAAUGUCCAAACGAUAUAAGUGGUAUGAUCGAUAUGGCCAAAAUUGCAGAUAUUGCUAUUAUAUUAGUUGAUGCCUCUAUUGGUUUCGAAAUGGAAACAUUCGAAUUCCUAAGUUUGCUAAGGGCUCAUGGUUUCCCUUCCAUUAUGGGAGUUCUUACUCACACUGAUUUCUUCAAAGACAAUAAAUAACUUAGAAAAACCAAAAAGAAAUAUAAAGCUAGAUUUGAACAUGAAGUUGGCAAUGAUUCUAAACUUUUCUAUCUCUCUGGUAUGAAAUAUGGCUAAUAUUUAAAAAGAGAAGUUCUUAAUUUAUCAAGAAUGAUUGGUGUUAUGAAAGUACAACCUGUUCCUUGGAAGUAGACCCACCCAUUCAUCGUCCCUGAUAGAUACGAACACUCUCGUGAAGGCUCAAAAGUAGAAGAUAAUGAGCUUGUUGAUGUUAGCUUUUAUGGUUGGAUAAAAGGCUCAACCUUCCGUUUGAAUAACAAGAUUCACAUUGUAGGUUUAGGAGAUUAUGAAAUUGAUAGUACUGAUAUCAUCGAAGAUCCUGUUCCUGUUGUAGAAGUUAAAGUACAUGAAGAUAAAAAGAAAAAAGAGGAAGGAAGUGGUAAAUAGGAUGGUUAAAGCGAUGGUAGUGAAGGUGAUGAUGAAUCAAGCGAAGAAAGCGAAGAUGAAGAAGAAAAUAAAUAAGAGGGUAAAAAGGAAGAACCCAAAAUUAAAAAAAUUAAGCAAAAAAGAACAUUGAAACAAUCAGAAAAGAUUGUUUAUGCCCCUUUCAGUAACUUAGGUUUUUUGAAUUAUGAAAAAAGUGGUGGAUAUAUUACUAUUCCUGAUGAGCACGUUGUCUUUACCAAAAAAAAUUAACAAGAUGUUUAUGAUGAUAAUGGAGAGUUGAUAGAAUAAUAGGAAGAUGAAGAUUUAGGUGAAGGUGUUAAGAUGGUUAGAGAUUUAUAGGAUAUGAAAAAAACUUUAAAUGAAAAGCUAGAUGAAGAUGACGAUGUUGAACUUCUCGAUGGUAUCGAAUUAGGAGAACAAAAGAAAAAUAUUCUUGAAUUCACAGCUGAAGAAAAGAAGAAAUUAGAUUUUAAGGAAAAGCAAAAAGAAAUAGUUAAUCUUAAGCACAAGACUAAGGAUUUAAAUUAAAUUGCAAAUGCUAUAGAAUAAUAAUAAUCAGUUAUGGCUACUGAUUUACAAGAUCUCAUUUAUGGUAAAACUGACAAAAAAAUAUGCAAUUUCGAUAGCAGUAACUUUAGAAGUAAAGAAUUAUACACUAGAGAUUUAUAUAAGGCCUUAGUAAAAUGCAAAUUUAUGGCUGGCUCAUUGAUAGAAGAGGAAGCCCCAGAAGAAUUAGAUAGUGAUGCUGAAGAAGAAUAAUUAAAGAAGAAGAAAGAAUAGGAAGAAGCUGAAAAAUUACAAUAGCAAGAAGUUGACCCAGCUGAAAAGCAAAAAGAAAUAGAUUAAUUUAUGGAUUCAUAUCUAGGUAUUUUAAAGAAAGGUGCAUAUGUCAAGAUGACUAUUAGAAAUAUUUAAUUCAAGCACUUCAGAAACUUUAAGCCUGAACAUCCUUUAGUUUUGACUAGAAUUAAUCCAGGAGAGGACAACUUUGGUUUCCUUAAAGUCAGAAUAAAAAAGCACAGAUGGUAUAAUUCUCUUCUUAAAACAUUAGAUCCUCUUAUUUUCUCUAUUGGUUGGAGAAGAUAUUAGAGUAUCCCUUACUUUGUUUCCCAACAAAGUGAUGCACGUAUGAGAUAUUUAAAAUAUACUCCAUAAUAUGAAUAUUGUGAUGCUGUUUUCUAUGGUAAUUUUGCUCCUCAAAAUACAGGUUUUGUUUGUACUCAAAGUCUUAACAAUAAAUUAGAGAAAUUUAGAAUUUGUGCUACUGGUGAAGUCCUUGAAUUAAAUCAUACUUUUGAUAUAGUAAAAAAACUCAAGCUUGUCGGUGAACCUUUCAAAAUAUACAAAAAUUCCGCCUUCAUUAAGGGAAUGUUUAACUCAUUCCUAGAAGUUUCUAAAUUCGAAGGAGCUCAAAUUAAAACACCUUCUGGAAUCAGAGGUUAAAUUAAAAAAGCAGUUAAAGAAGGACCUGAUGGUUCAUUUAGAGCUACAUUUGAAGAUAAAAUUGUAAUGAGUGACUUAGUAUUUAUGAGAACUUGGUACAAAGUUCCUUUAGAAAAGUUUUAUAAUCCUAUUAUCUCUUAUGAAAAGACAAGACUUAUGAAAACAACUUGGGAAUUAAGAAAAAUGCUCAAUAUUGAUGUUAAGUAAAAGGUCGACAGCGAAUACUAAGAAAUUGAAAGAACUGAAAAGAAAUUCAAUCCUUUGUUAAUACCUAAAAACUUAGAAGAAAAUCUACCCUUCAAGUCAAAAUAAAAGGUUAAGCUACUUUCCAAAAAAGAAAAGUUAGCUAAAGCAGAAUCGAAGAUCCCUAUAAAAGAGCUUACAUCAGAAGAAGAUAAAAAAGUAUUUGCUCUUAUCUAAAGACUUAAUACAAUCAAAAAAGAAAAGUUGGCACAAAAAGCAUAAAAAACAGAAGAAAAAAAUAAAGUUAAGUAAGCAAGAACAGAAGGAGAAAAGAAAAAAUUCCAAGCAGCUAAAAAAGAAUAUGAAAAAGAAAAAAAUAAAGAAAAAUUCACUAAAAAGGCUAAAAUGGCCUAGAAAGCAGCAAACGGAGGUGAAUCUGAUUGA